AUGGCGGAGAAAAGUGAAUCUGUAAUUCGACCGAUUAUGAAAAUCGGUCAUUAUACGUUAGGGCAGACAUUAGGCGUUGGAACUUUUGGCAAAGUAAAAAAACAUCAAUUAACUAAACAUAAAGUAGCAGUUAAAAUAUUAAAUAGACAAAAAAUCAAAAGCCUAGAUGUUGUUGGAAAAAUUAGAAGAGAAAUUCAAAAUUUAAAAUUGUUUAGACAUCCACACAUAAUUAAACUGUAUCAAGUAAUUUCUACUCCGACAGAUAUUUUUAUGAUUAUGGAAUAUGUUUCAGGAGGAGAAUUAUUUGAUUAUAUUCUCAAAGAACAUGAAGCCAGGAGAUUUUUUCAACAAAUUAUAUCAGGAGUUGAUUAUUGUCAUAGGCAUAUGGUUGUUCACAGGGAUUUAAAACCUGAGAAUCUUUUACUCGAUCACAAUUUGCAUGUUAAAAUUGCAGAUUUUGGUUUGUCAAAUAUGAUGAUGGAUGGUGAAUUUUUAAGAACAAGUUGUGGAUCACCAAAUUAUGCUGCUCCAGAAGUAAUAUCGGGGAAAUUAUAUGCAGGUCCUGAAGUUGAUAUUUGGAGUUGUGGUGUUAUUUUAUAUGCUCUUCUCUGUGGAACUCUGCCUUUUGAUGAUGAACAUGUGCCAACUUUAUUUAAAAAAAUUAAAUCUGGAAUAUUUCCAAUACCAGAAUACUUGAACAAAUCAGUUGUAAGUUUAUUAUGUCAUAUGCUACAAAUAGAUCCAAUCAAAAGAGCUUCAAUAGAUGAUAUAAAAAAACAUGAUUGGUUUCAAAAAGAAUUACCAGCUUAUUUGUUUCCAUCUCCAGUCGAACAAGAUUCAUCAGUUAUUGAUACUGAUGCUAUUAUUGAAGUAUGCGAAAAAUUUGGUGUAAAAGAGGGAGAAGUUCAUAGUGCUCUUCUUAAUGGAGAUCCUCAUGAUCAAUUAGCCAUAGCUUAUCAUUUAAUAAUUGAUAAUAAGAGAAUAGCAGAUGAAGCUGCUAAAGCGGAAUUAAAAGAUUUUUAUGUUGCUAGUAGCCCUCCUCCAGCAUCAUUUUCACCGAACGAAAUGAAUCCUAGUCCUGUUCGCCCUCACCCGGAAAGAAUAGCUCUUUUGAGUAGCUCUUUAACUUCUCAGUCUAGUGAAAGAUUAAUUCCAAAAGGUACGCCUGUAAAAAGAGCCAAAUGGCAUUUAGGAAUUCGUUCUCAAAGUAAACCUCACGAUAUCAUGAAUGAAGUUUAUAGAGCCAUGAAAGCUUUAGAUUUUGAAUGGAAAGUAAUAAAUCCGUACCACGUUAGAGUCCGGCGAAAACACAGUGUUAAUGGUUUUACAAAAAUGUCUUUGCAACUUUAUCAAGUAGAUUUUAAAAGUUAUCUUUUAGAUUUUAAAAGUCUCAGUUCAGAUUCAGAGGAAGCAGAAUCACUAUCGGCAGAUCCUUUGCAACAAACAGCGGGGCAUCAUACAAUGGAAUUUUUUGAAAUGUGUGCUGCUCUUAUCACUCAGUUGGCUCGUUGA